CUCACUUUUCUGUUCCUGUGCUAAGCUGAAGCAGCUGGCAUGGUUGUCCUGGCUUGAUAGCAGCUGGCAGCACCCUGGGGUCUCCUUUUGCUGGUGCCUGAGACCAGCCCUGUCUUUCCAGGGGGAAGAAGCAUGACUGCAGGCUCCCCCUAAUCCUGCUGCCAGCCCUGCCUUGCCCUGCUCACCGCCCCCCCCCCCCCCCCAUCUAUCAUGGCUUUGCUCCAUCCCUUCACCAGCCUCCUCCUCCUCCUCGCUGUGCCCCUUUCCCGGGCUGCAAACCGGUCUCUGCUGCCCCCCGGCUCCCUGCCCGCCGUCCCCCCCCUGCCCCUUCUGCAGGCCCUGCAAAUGCAGGCACCAGGCAGCUGGGGCUGGCGAGCGGGGCCAGCAAGCGGGCAGCCCCUGCGCUACAUGCUGAACCUGUACCGGCAUGCUGCUGACCGUGAAGGGCGACCCCGCCGUGGCCGCAGCCUGGGCACCAACACAGUCCGCCUGGUCCAGGCCAGUUCCCAUGGGGGUCAGCCCUGGGCAGGUCGCUGGUACGUGCAGCCCCUCACCUACCGCCUGGAGGGCCAGCCUGAUGCCGAGCACCUCCUCCGAGCCACCGUGGUCUACAUGCCCAGCCUGCCACUGGCCCAUGGUCGCCUCCUCUGUGCCCUGGAGCUGCUGGCCACCAGUGAGGCACCUGGGGCUCUGCUCAGCCCUGCUGCCCGUCCCCACCACGGCUGGGCCGAAGUGGAUGUCACCCCUUACCUGGUGCCAGGGAAUGGCAGUGCGGCGAGCCUGGUGCUGCAGCAUGUCUGUGUGCGUGCCGGUCGGGCAGGGGGCCGUGAUGCCCCAGUGGCCCCCAGCCACCCCUUCCUCCUCCUCUACCUCAACGACACCCAGGCUGGCCUGGCACCUCCAGCGGCAGAGCCCCACCGGCACCGGCGUGACACAGGGACGCUGGCCCAUGACCUGCCCAGCUACCUGCGGGAGCAGGGAGGGGAGAAGAGCGACUGUUCCCUGCGCCCCUUCCCUGUCAGCUUUGCCCAGCUGGGCUGGGACCACUGGAUCAUUGCUCCCCACCGCUACAACCCGCGUUACUGCAAGGGCGCCUGUCCCCGCCUGCUCCGCUAUGACUACCAUGCGCCCAACCACGCCGUGGUGCAGAGCUUCGUUCAUCAGCUGGUGGAUGCCAAUGUGCCCCGGCCCUCCUGUGUCCCCUACCGCUACAGCCCCAUCAGUGUCCUCAUGAUCGAGCGUGACGGCGGCAUCCUCUACAAGGAGUAUGAGAACAUGAUCGCUGAGUCCUGUACCUGCCGGUAAUGCCUGCUGCCCUGGCACAUCACCCCCAGGCUCUGCCUGUCCCUGCUGGAUCUGGACUUUAGGGUUUGUCUUGCUCUGCCUGGGGUGGGUUCAUCCCCCCUCCUCGCAUGGCGCUGCUCUGUGGGAAGGUUUUACAAUGGCAGUUUUAUGUAAAUUGUAGGUUUUUAAAGGCAGGAGCCUGUGCUGGGGCAGUUGCCCUGUGGCAUCUGUCCUUCCUGCAGCCCCAUGGCCGCUGCCUGUUUUUGGGGGGCAGGGGGGCUUCGCCUGAUGCUCCCAGAAAAGAGCUAGGUCCCUGGACUGGAGCACGAAGCUCUUAAUAGGUGGCUGGGGGUCUCCUGAUGGAGCCAGGGCAGGAAGGGCAAGUGGUCCAGGUGUCCCCAUGCUUGGCACCAAGCUGGUGCCAUCAGUAUCUGGUGCAACCCUGCCUGUGGGAUUCCUUCCCAGCUCACAUGCACCCCAUCCUGUCUAGUCCCAGCUGUAGUGGCAUCUCACCCGGCUGGGAAUU